AUGAUUCAUUUAAAAUUUAUACUUUCAUUUUUCGCAAUAAUCUCUACAACAAGCUAUUUCGUUUCGUCGGUGCCUCAUGAGAAACGAGGUCAAUAUUCUGGUGAUGGAACUUUUUAUAAUCCUGGAGUAGGAGCAUGCGGACAAACAAGUGGUGCGGGCUCCUUUAUUGCCGCUAUUAAUAAACCACAAUGGGGGAAUCCGGCAAAUCCUAAUAGUAACCCUAUUUGUGGAAAACAGGCAACAGUAACAGGGCCAAAAGGAAGCACUACAGUUACUAUACUUGAUCUGUGCCCUGAAUGCGCAUUUGGUAGUUUAGAUCUGUCACCAGCCGCAUUUAAUGCGAUUGCUGAUCCAAAUGCCGGAAGAGUUCCAAUAUCCUGGGAUUUCGUUG